AUGGCUCAACCAAAUAAUAAUUUUCCGCAACUGGUUCAGGAAUGGUAUAGUAAGGAAGGAAAGGAUGCUAGGACGGACGCGCCUAAAUUGUUCGAAGAAUUGAAUAAAUAUGUGGAUGAUUUUAUGAUUAAAAUAAAUACAGAGUAUACGUUUUAUACGUCAAUUGGAGAAGAAGGAUGCAGGGACAUUACAAUAAGUGGGGAAGGGCUUACGGCGGAAGAUGGUAAAAAAUGGUGUUCCUUCUUAUUUCAGAACCUAUGGAUAAUAGAAAUGUUAAAAAAACAGAAUGAGCACGCGGCUCAAUACAAGAAGGCAUUGCAAGAUUAUGUAUGGUGUCAGGUUAUGAGAGCAUGGUCUUAUAUUUUGAGCGAUAUGUACUGUGGAGUUAGUGGUAGUUUACCAGUAUUUUUUAAUAAAGUAAAAGAACAGCUAUGCACAAUUUGGGGCACCACAGUUCCCUGCGGUGGCCCCACUUGUGAAUAUGGCCCUUUGGAUCCUAUGGACGUAGGUGGUAGCAGUGUUCUUAAUUACAUUUUCCAGAAAAUGGGUACUGGUAUACCAAUUCUAAAAAUACAGUAUAAAUUGUCAUUUAAGGAACAAUGUAACACUAAUAAGGCAAGCAAAACGACCACUCAACUGGACUCCCGAGUACAAAGUCUCAUAGAUCAAAUAAGGCAAGAAAUACUUUCAGGAACGGCAUCUGUCACAUCUCCCACCGCAAAGAACCAAUACAGCUCCUUAGCCGAUGCAUUAGUUGCAUGGUUCGAACACAAGAAAAUAAAAGUCAAGGACGACUUUAAGGAUAAAUUGUGGACCCAUCUAGAAAAUAUAUUCGAUGAAAUAAUGAAGAAUGUUUUCACGGACCCGCAAGAAAUUAAUCAUCUGUGUUCGGGGAAAGAUGAUAAGAGGGACUUAAAAUUCACUACGCAGGACAAGCAGUUGUGCAAGGCUAUGGUGAAAAUACGAUCAUAUAUAAAUGGAGUGGAGGUCGGGUUAUACAACAAAAUUGGAAAAAUAAGUAGUAAGCCGGGGCUGGAGGACGUUGAUCCAUAUCUUAGAUGCCUAGUAGGUAGAGCAGCUUUAAUACGAUGGUUAGGAGGUCACAGCAGUAAGAAAAAAGUUGCAGGAACUGUGGUAAAGGCUGUAAAGCAAUGGGGUGAUCGCAAUGGCGUACAGGAUAUGUAUCAGAAAUGUACGGAAUUAAAUAUUGGGACAACGCGUAUUGGGGGAGAAUAUAUAUGGCCACAAUUAGAAAAAUGGGCCGACAAGAAACACGGGGGGACAUAUGGCUCUUAUAUAGAUAAAGGUAUAAGUAGAUUGAGGAGCAUGGAAAAGGAAGGAAAGCGUCCUUUACAGGGGCAGAAACCUGGGAAUGCGGCAACUGCCAUCUCACCGGAAGAUAAGAAGAAUGUGGAAAAAUUGUUUGUAGUACAGAAUGUCGAGCAGGUGGAUGAAUUAGUUCAGCAGGCAACUGCAACUGUUGCAGCAGGUGCUACUUCUCCUGGUCAAGGUGGUGUUGCUGGUGUUGGUACUCCGGCAGCAGCGAAGUCACCAACUCCUGAAAACUGCAUCCAACAGAAGAAGGGAGACGGCCAAUUGUGCAAACGUCUGGAAUGUAUGAAACACCUAUGGGAGAGUAAACAAGGACAACCGGCAACUGCGGACAACUUUUGGGAGGAGGGUGGCGCAGUAAAGAAAUUAUGGGAAGAAUUAGCACAGAAAAUGAGGGAGAACGGCACAGCGCAGCAGGACGAAUGUAAUAAAGUGGACAAUAAUAGGGAUGCAACUCCUUCUGAAAAAACGGCAUGCAAUUAUUUGCAUGCCGGCUUCAAAUAUCUGUACGAGAAUCCAACGGCGGCGGCGCAGCCGUCGUCGUCGACUGGCAACAUCUUAAAGAACAACCCAUCGUUUAGACAAACGAUGGGUUGUUUUUUACUUCACGCUUAUGCAAAACACAUGAAAAAGAAGGCUGUUUGUAAUAUUGAAAAGGGGAUAGAAAAGGCAUUUAGUGCAUGGGAGACACCCAGUACUAAGACAAAUUCUUGCCAGAAUGGCAAUGACCCCGGGAAAACUUGUAUUCCAUGCCAAUGGCAAGAGAAGAACGAUAGUUGGGAGAAAUGCCAAAUUAAGACAGAUGGCUCAACAGCAACGGAAGUAAAGGACAAAUUGAAGGACAUCAUCAAAAUGGACGAGGACGCUAACAUUAAGACAAUGCUAAAUAACAUAAAUAAAAUGGAUAAAUUAUGUGACGGUUUAAAAUGUAUAGCAUCCCGAGUAAACUCAUCUACCACUCAGGACACAUUUUGGAAAACGAAUGUGAAGGCAUUGUGGGAAGAAUUGGUAAAAGCAAUGACUGCCAAUAAUGGCAAUGACAAUAACGGAAAUGGAUGUAAUCAAGUGGGAGGUAGUAAUGGUGGCAUUCCUAGACCAGCAACUCAUUCUGAAAAGACGGCAUGCAAUUAUUUGCAUGCCGGCUUCCAGAAAUUGUACAAACCGGAUACUUCGUCAACAGGAAGUGCUAACAAUGGAGUUUUGUCUCAAUACCCAUCGUUUAGACAAACGAUGGGUUGUUUUUUACUUCAUGCUUAUGCAAAACACAUGAAAAGCAAAGCAAUUUGUAAUAUUGAUAAAGGGAUAGAGAAGGCAUUCGAUCUUGGAAAGAAACUCAGUGAUGGUCCGAAUGCUCAUUGCAAUGCCGCUGGCAAGGGACCUUGUGUCCCUUGCCAAUGGAAGGAUGGCAGCAUUGACAGCUGCACCGUGAAGAUUGGCACAACUUCAGCAAAGAUUGCAAAGACCGAAGUGGAACAAAUGGUCGGAGGGAAAGAACCGAACAGUGAGUCCAUCAUACAGAAAAUAAAUAAAAUGAAGACUUUAUGUGAUGGUUUACAAUGUAUAGCAUCCCACUUAAAUUCGCCUAAUUCAAAACAACCGAGUACAACUGCGAGCACAUUUUGGGACAAGGACACUGGCGAAGUGGGACGACUAUGGAAAGAAUUGUCCAACGCCAUGAAGGGGAAGGAAAAUGACAAUGUAAAUGGAUGUGAUAAAAUGGAAGAUGGCACUGCCAAUGGUAGUAGAGCACCCACCAACCCUGAAAGGAAGGCAUGCAAUUAUUUGCAUGCCGGUUUUAAAUACCUAAAGGAAAAUUCAACAUCUAACGGUGAAAUCCUAUCCAAAGACCCGUCGUUGAAAAAAGCGAUGGGUUGUUUCCUCCUUAAAGAAUAUGCAAAAAAAAUGCAAGGUCAAUCCAAAUGUGUUAUCAAUUCCGGUUUAAAAAGCGCUUUUAAGUCAUGGAACGAAAAUUAUAAUACUCCAUGCACGAACAGUAAUGAUUCGUGCAUCGAAUGUAAAUUGGAAGACAAUUUUGAUAAUUGCAACGUGCCGGUUGGCACAGACGUUACGCAAAUGAAGGCCAAAGUAAAUACUUUGAUCGACCAGGAAAAAACAGAAAUGGAAGUAACCAUGAAGGAAAUAAAUAAAAUGCAAAACUUAUGCGAUUACAUUAGAUGCGCCGCACCCAAAUGGUUCAAAAACAAAAACGGGAAUAACGGUAACCCCACGCAGAGUUGGUGUAACUUUUGGGAUGACGCCGUCAAAACAACAUUGCAGAAGAUGUUCCAACAAAUCUCUCAAAAUGGAACAGCGAAUGCAACGAACAAUAAUGGUGUGUGCGAUCAAUUUGGUGAUGGUAAUGAACAUAGUGUUGAAAGAAAAGCUUGUAAUCAUAUCACAGCAGGUUUACAACACAUUAAGGCGAUUCCAAAUGAUAGUGGUAGUGGUAGUACUACCACCCCGUCUAUUGGUCAAGACAACCAACUGUUCGAAAGAACAGUUGGUUGUAUUGCUCUUAACAUGUACGCAGAUAAAAUAAUUAAAGAAACGGAGAAAAGUUGUCCCAUAGAUGAAAACACAAUAAAAAGAAUGUUCGAAGAAUGGAAUAAUAAUAAUAAAUCUUUGUGUAAUAGUGGUAGUAAUAAUAAUGGUUGUUUUAAAUGCACAAGGGAAAAGGACUUUAAAGAUUGCAACCUUCUCCUUGAUAAAGGUCUCCUUGGAACAUCAACAACACAAAAUGCAAAUUGCAAUGAUAACAAGGACAAUAAAGACGUCCCCCCAAAAAUGGACAAACUACUCAAACAAGAAUCCCAAAUGAAACAAACACUAGACAAAAUAUAUGAAAUGGACAAGAAUUUCUGUACUCAACUCCAAUGCGCAAUAAAAAAAAAACUGAAGAACAAAAGUGGAAAAACACCCUCAAGCGGAAAAACACCAUCUUGGAACAACAUCGAAGGUGACGCCAAAGGCAUAUUAACGAAACUUCUGAAUUAUAUGACAGAAUCGGAUAAUCAGAAGGACGUUGCCAACUUCUGCCAAGACAACGACAAAUGGAAUAAUUUAGGCACUAAAGAAAAACAAACAAAUAAAGCAGCUUGUUUACUUUUUGCUGCAGGAUUAAAACACAUUUAUAACCAACAGAAGGGCCAUGCUCAUGGCCCAUCGUUUGGACAAACAUUGGGUUGUUUAUUUCUUAAAGAAUAUGCAAAACAAUUAAAAGACUUGGCAGAAACGAAGAAAAAAACUGAGGUACAUCCUCAAUGUAGCGUAAAUGCGGGCAUAAACUACGCUUUUAGCAAAAGUAAAUACAUUAUGAAAGCAUCAUCUAAAUGCAGCAAUAAUAAUUUUUGUUUUGAAUGCACACAAAAGGAUUAUAAUAAUUGCCAAAUUGGCAAUGACAAUAUAGGGAAAAAAGUGAAACCACUGCUCAAAGAGAAACAAACCCAUAUGGAAAAAACACUAGCGAAUACACUUUGUCCAAUCCUUCCUAUGGAUCUCCUUACCCCUUUUCUUCCUUUGGCUCCUGUCUCUAUUGGCCUUUCUGCUAUGGCUUAUUACCUUUGGAAGUAUUUUGGUCCUCUUGGUAAAGGAGGGCAACGUUUCAGAAGAUCUCCUGCUGAAAUUCCUGGUUCAUCAGUACACGAACAAGUCCUCGAUCAUGUGCAGCCACAUAGUUCACAUGAAUAUCGAUUAGUGAAAGAACGAAAACCUCGUUCUGCUCCAACAAGAACAAAACGUUCUGGUCCCGUGAAUCGUCGAACGAUUAUUGAAAUUCAUUUUGAAGUGUUGGAUGAAUGUCAAAAAGGGGACACACAAUUGAACCAGAAGGAUUUUCUGGAACUUUUGGUUCGAGAAUUCAUGGGAUCCGAAUUAAUGGAAGAAGAACAGGUUCUUAAGGAAGAAGUUCUUAUGGAAGAUGUUCCUUUGGAACGAGUUCCUAUGGAAUGUGUUCGAAUGGAACUUGUUCCUAUAGAAGAGGUUCCAAAUUUAGGUUCCGGGUUUAUGGUUUAA